GCACAACCCCACAACUUCAAGGUCUUUUCCAACGCCUACUCAUCGACAUCGACUAAGGAGAGACCUGGCAUUAGGAUCUCGUGAUCAACAUCUCUCGAUUCUCGUCCUGUACUAUAUCGGACCUUAGCAGCUCAGUCACCAUCAGCCUCCUCGACCAACUGAUGCCAACAUGUCUCUCGUGAGGCAACGCAGUACAGACCCCGCAUCCAGCGAAGAACCCGCAACGAAGAAACCAAAAACUGUCCCGGAAUUCCCGUGGCCGUGGAAUGACCCACCAGAGACAGACACGUAUAUAGACAAAAUCAAGUCGCCCAUCCUAGACAUCCGCGUCGGCCCCGAUGCCAAACUUUUUCAAGUUCACAAAAGGGUGCUCACCGACAAAGCAGAUUUCUUUGGAAAGAUGUUUGAUGGACAAUUCAUAGAAGCCGCCAAAAAAGCCGCCGAUUUCCCCGAAGAUGAUGAAGCAGCAUGGGAGGAACUUAUUGCAUGGUCAUACGGCGCAUUUUUUCACGUCUUCCUACCAUGCGACCGGCGCAGGGUGAAUUUGGAUGCUAAGGAGGCGCUCGCAUUCUUCAACAGGAUCAAGCUCUGCUGCUUGGCCGAGAAAUACAACAUAAUACGCUUGUACAACCUUGGCGUUGACUCCUUGAUUGACUUCUUAUGGCAGGGGCCCUCUACGAUGCCCAUACUGAGCUGGGAUGUAUUUCAAGUGUGUUGUCGUUAUGCGUAUGAGCAUAGUGCUGAACAUACAGGAUUGCGCCACUUGUUCUCUACCUAUUUUUGCUACUUACUAUCGUGUCCGAAAGAGGAUUGUGAAUCUACCUACGAUUCGCAGCAAAUGAUGUCACUCGCAAGUGAUAUACCUGACCUCAUGUCCGACUUCUUCAAGAUCACACAACAAAGCAGUGGACCAGACUCCACGAAGCCAGACAACAUUGAUCCUUGUGUUUUCCAUAUGCACAUUCGACCGGCCAAUGAAGAGUGCCCCAGGGCGCUAGGAGGAUGUUCAUCAUUUAAAUGGCCUCGUACCGAGGCCCAAGUACAUUACUCUGUUCAGGGGAUGUAUGAGCCAGACAUGAGCCAAGGUUGCCGUGUGAUGCGUUUGGCUGAGGUAAUUGGAGUUGCCACGAAAGAUGUGAUAUCAGCGGUGGAUUCGUUGAUAAAAGAUGUUGCUAAUGUGGAAUGGCUGGACGAAGGUCACAAUGUUGAUUUGAUUAACCCUAAGAAAUGGCAGAAGAUUAUGGAACACGAGCAGGAGGAAUGAGGUUGAUCGAGCAUGCUACCCCAUGUUCCUCACACGAGUCUCAAGGCAUCCUAGAUGAGUAGAUGGU